AUGCGCCCGGAACCGAGCGGUUUCGUCGAGAGCGCGGGCGACGGCUGUCACAUCUGUCUCGACGUCGCGCGUCGUAAGUCGAGCGAUUGGCUGCUCGGGAGCGAGGCGAUCGAUCUGGACGAGUAUAGCGAUGAUAUUGAGUUCCCGGACGUGGCGAUCGAUUGCGAGGAGAGCGAGAGCGAGCCGAGGAUCAGCGCGACGAACGCGCAAAGAGGGCGCGACGCGGAGAGCGUGCGCGUCGCGUACGUCACCGUCUACGACGUCCAGUGCGUCGGUCGAGGUGGGAAAGUGCUGAAGCAAGGGGUGACGAUUGAUUCUAGGGGAACGAGAUCGACCGUAACGACCUUCGUGGUGUUGGUGCCGCCGCGCGCUAUGGCGCACCUGUGUCGGUUGCGCUUGGACGGGAGAGACGUGCGAGAGGUGAGAAUAGAUAGCGAUGUACGACCGUGGUCGAUGCAUCCGACGCCGAACGAUACCCACUCGAGGUCCGUGGCGUUUCCUCUCCGCGGCGAGCGGUUUUUGUGUACGCAAAGCGAGGGUGGGGAGCUGACGCACUUUUUCUCGGGCAACCUACACGCGGUAGACUUUCGUUGCGACGAGGGCACGCCCGUGCUCGCUGCGGGCGAUGGCGUUGUAGUGGACGUUCGUGAUUCGAAUACUUUGACUGGAAUCGCCGUGAGCAAUUUGUUUGAGUGGAAUUCCAUCGUGUUACGACUCGACGAUGCCGAUGACUCAGUAUCGACGAGAAACGCUGGCGCCGCGUGCUCAAGCACCAGCAACGCAACCGACGAAAAGUCGGUCAAAUACGACGUCCGCGGUGGCGAUUUAUUCGUCGAAUACGUCCACAUUCGCGCCAAGAGCGCGCGUGUGCGCAAGGGCGACCGCGUGACGCGUGGUCAAGUCAUCUGCGAGAGCGGUUCGGUCGGCUUCUCGCCCGAGCCCCACUUGCACUUCACCGCGUUCCGUUCCAGUGACGACGCCGCGCACACCGUGCGCGUGCUCUUCCAGCGCAACGACGGCGGCGAGCUAUACCUCCCCAGGGCAGGUCUGGCCUACAACGAAACCGUUGGCGAAUGCUCGUAG